GGUGCACGGCCGCCGGCGGUGACGCCUUGCUGCUUGGGAGCAGCCGCUGCUUCUUCACAACCCAGCUGCAGGCCUGUGGAAAUCCAAUCCAGCCAUACACGAGUGGAACGUGCUCGGCAGUUCUGUGGGAAAGGACGCAGUAGCCUCACCUACUAAAGCUUCCAUUUGCUGGAACUGGGCAUCCACUCAUCCCUGCCAAGUCUUGCGAGAGGACUCAACUCCAGGAAGUCUUUCUGCCAGGCCCCGAGGUUGUACUUUCAUGCUCCACAGCCACCAUCACUCAGCGUGUGCAAGUGGGUCUGCAGGUUGCUAUGUUAAUGCUGCUUGUCUUUGGAGUAUUGCUUCAUGAAGUCCCACUGAGUGGCCAAGAUGAGGCUCAUUCUGAGGCUGGCAGUGUGCCAGGCAAAGCACUGUAUGACUACUCCAGCCUCCGCCUCCCAGAGAAGCACAUUCCCUUCUUCUUGCACAACAACAGGCAUAUUGCCUCUGUCUGCAAGGAGGAUUCCCGUUGUCCAUAUAAGAAACAUCUAGGAAAUCUAAACUACUGCUGGGGUUAUGAAAAAUUCUGCAAACCAGAGUUUAGAUUUGGUUACCCUGUUUGCAGCUACGUCGACAUGGGAUGGACAGACACUCUGGAGUCAGCAGCAGACCUGUUCUGGAAGCAAGCUGACUUUGGCUAUGCCCGAGAGCGACUGGAGGAGAUACGCAUGCUCUGUCAGCCAGAGAGAACAGGUGAUUCAAGUCUGGUUUGUUCCCGGCACCUUCAGUAUUGCAGAGCUACUGGCCUGUACCUGGACUUAAGAAACAUCAAGAGGACUCAAGACAGAUUCAAGGAAGAUUUUCUCCAGGGUGGUGAAGUUGGUGGACACUGUAAACUGGACAGGCAUGCGUUGCUGUCUGAAGGUCAGCGCAAAAGCCCUCUGCAGUCUUGGUUUGCUGAGCUUCAGGGCUAUACUCAGCUCAAUUUCAGGCCUAUAGAAGAUGCUAAAUGUGACGUCGUUGUUGAAAAACCAACAUAUUUCAUGAAAUUAGAUGCAGGUGUUAACAUGUACCACCACUUCUGUGAUUUUCUCAAUCUCUACAUCACGCAGCACGUUAACAACUCCUUCAGUACAGAUGUGUACAUCGUGAUGUGGGACACCAGCACUUAUGGAUAUGGUGACCUGUUCUCAGAUACCUGGAAAGCAUUUACCGAUUAUGACGUCAUACAUUUGAAAACCUAUGAUUCCAAAAAGGUGUGCUUUAAAGAAGCUGUGUUUUCAUUGCUGCCCCGCAUGCGGUACGGGCUGUUCUAUAACACGCCUCUGAUCUCUGGCUGUCAGAACACUGGGCUGUUCAGAGCCUUCUCCCAGCAUGUGCUGCAUAGGCUGAACAUCACUCAAGAGGGACCCAAGGAUGGGAAAGUUCGAGUUACCAUUCUUGCACGUAGCACAGAAUACCGGAAAAUACUGAACCAAAAUGAGCUGGUGAAUGCUCUGAAAACAGUAUCCACAUUUGAGGUCCGGAUUGUUGAUUACAAGUACAGAGAGCUCGGGUUUUUAGAUCAGCUGAGGAUCACGCACAACACAGACAUAUUUAUCGGCAUGCACGGAGCCGGCCUGACCCACUUACUUUUCCUUCCAGACUGGGCUGCUGUAUUCGAGCUGUACAACUGUGAAGAUGAGCGCUGUUACUUAGACUUGGCCAGGCUCAGAGGCGUCCAUUACAUCACCUGGCGGAAGCCCAGCAAAGUGUUUCCUCAAGAUAAGGGGCACCAUCCAACGCUGGGAGAGCACCCGAAGUUUACCAAUUACUCUUUUGAUGUAGAAGAGUUCAUGUACCUUGUCCUUCAGGCUGCAGAGUAUGUUCUGGGACAUCCACAGUGGCCAUUUAAGAAGAAACAUGAUGAACUGUAGAAAUGUUACUUUUGUUUACAAGAAGAGAGUGUUUAAACACAUCUAGACUCAUGAUCAAAGGAGCAAACAACCCGUCAUAGCCUACUGCAAGAGGAAACAUGACGUUUUACUAUUGAAUAUAGCUCAGGCUGGCCUUGAACUAACAAGCCUCUGGACCUCCUGUGUGCUGGGAUUACAGGUGUAUACCACCAUGCCUAUCUACAAAAUUUACUUUUUCUGUAUGAAAACAUACUUUCAGGAUAUUUUGUCUUUAAGUGUUUCAUGUGUGUAUUGUGUCAUUGCUAUUUACUGAUAGCAAUAGUAUUUUUGCACUGAAAAAAGUUACUUUUAUAGUUCAAAGUUGGGCAGGCGCCCCUGGUGUUGCAGAGCUUUCCUGCUGGGACCAAAGUUGUCAACCUAAGCAGCUUUAGAAUCUCUAAGUGUGUUUGUUAACUAAUGUGAUUGCAUAGUUUCACAAUGUUCCACCUUGUCGUUUAUCUACUUGGUUUGGUAUUUUCAUUGUCUGUUCAUAACUAUAGUUGUAGACCAGUGUUUAGUUGGCUUCAGGUUAUGUGCAUCAAGAACCUGAGUCAAUCAUGCCGUUGUAUUUCCUUUCAAUCAUGCUCUCCCCUAAUGUAAUGGCCGUGCUAAUAAGGACCCAUCAGAACAUUCUGCAGUACCAUCUCUGUAGACCCAUCAGCCGUGAGAACAUCACGUUGACAUGGCGUGAAGUCAUUGUUUGCAUCCGGCAAGCAUUUGUAAGCACAUACAGCUGUGUGCAUCUACCUCUGGCAGGGGGAAAGCAGCCCUAACAGUUGCAAAAAUGUAAAUAUUACAAAAUGGCCACAUGAAGAGACUCUCCCUAUUUUUUUUUUAAAUAGGAUCAUAAAACAAAACAAAACAAAACAAACAGCAGAGCUGUGAAUGACUCAAUCGAAAUGAAAAGGCUCAGAAAGUGGCUCUGUUUAAAUGGGAUGCCCGAGUAGCGGGCUUGUCCUUGAACGGCUGUUGAUGAGCAUCCGGCUCGGCAGUCAGAAACCAUGGGUUUGUACUACUGUACAGUGUGAUGUUUGCAUCUUAUUAACAUUUGAGCUGUCUUGCAGAGAAGCUGCUUUUCGUUUUUACAGUGGACUAAACAAAUCACAGCCAAGGAUUUUAUUUUUAAAUUUUAGAGAAGUGAUCCCCUCUCCCCGAAAAACUCCACAAUAUUGGUAACUGUGCCUCCUCAGAAGUUUACUGCCUUUUGCUUUCAGGGCUCAGUAACUGAGCUGUAAACUUUAUUUAUUAAAAUAUCGUUAAAGAAAAUAGUGACCCACUAUAGGUGAGACUUCUGUUUGGGUUUUAAGAUUGUUUGGAAAGAAUUGUAACUUUAGAAACUGGUAAAUGACAGGGUUGCUGCUGUUGUUUGUGUGGUGGCGUACUAAAUGAUCAGUAGGGCGGGGUGUGGAGGGGGCGUGUUCUACGGGAAAGGGUCUCUAAGGAGGAGCUGUUGUGCCAGUCAUGGAGGGUAAACAUCCGAAGACUGCCUCUGCAAAGUCAUUUGAAUUUUCAUCCUCUUACCUCAUUUCAAGCAAUACAGGGACCCAUGCUUCCAGACUACCAGCAACUUUGGGAACUGAGAACAAUUUCUUAGUAAAACUAUAUUUGGCGUGGUUGCAAUGUCACACGCCUUUAAUCCCAGCCCUCGGGGGCAGAGGCAGGUGAAUCUCUGUUCUCAAAGCCAGGCUGGUCUAAAAAGCGAGUUCCAGAACAGCCAGGGCUACACAAAGAAACCCUGUCUCAAAAAACCAAAAACCAAACAAACAAAACUAUUUUAAGAUUUUGCAAAGACAGAAUAUAUGUUAUAUAAAUAAGAAAGUUGUUUAAAAUUUUAAUUAUGGGACUAACUCUUAUCACAUAUUUUGUGGGAGCAGAAGAUCUUUGAAUUGUAAAAUGUAGACAUAACUCUUUUUAUUAUGUCUGUAAGGACAUGCAUGGCUGUGGAAUAAAACUUUUUAUAUUUUAUUUAAA